CUAUCCACGAAUUGUGGUUGGAUUGGCUCCUCUGCUUGAAUAUACCGCCACUAGAUCAAGCGUUGUCAUUCUACCUGUCAUUCGUUCUCCAUUCCUUCCAUACCACCUCGGCUACCCAUCUCUGUCGAGUUUGGAUUCCCCAGCACAGAACGAUCUAAUUCUCCGCAGUCGUUCAUGUCUCUCAUAUAGCCACCAAUCUCCUGACUAGAGAGAGGCUAAGAUAAAGAUCCCUCUGAUGAUAUACGAUAUACUAUAUUUUUAGAGACAAAUAGGCGUACCUAUCAAUUCGAGCCGUGUUAUAUAUCGGAAGCUAAGAGACAAUCAGCAAUAGUUUCCUCUAGCGGCACCCGGGGUGUUUGUUUGUUCCCAAGUUGCUUUCUGAGGCCGAUCUACUCUUCAGUAGAUGUGGCCCUAUGUGUCGGGAGGUUGUUGGUCUUAUAUUAAACACAAGGGUGUGCUUGGCUGACCCCGGCCUCCACUUGCUCGCGCUUCUACAUCGAUUCAGGAGUCAUAAAUAGUCUCGCUCCCUUCACGCUCCGCUCCAUAACUAGCGUUCUUUAUUAUCUAGGCAUCUAUUCAGUUGUUUGCCCUUGCUUUCAGUAAGGCUACCCUCAGUCUGACUUCUAUGGACGACAUGCGAACUCAAUACAAUAAAAUCACUACUAAUAUGGAAUCGAUGACUAUUCAACGAAAGCCAACCUUAGACUCCUUGUUUCCGCUCCGUACGUUGCAACCUCAGUCGUCUCAACUGAACUUUGGUCGGCUCCCAAGUCCCCUGGGAUACAAAGGAGCGGACGGCGCAAUCCGUCGCAAUCCUAUCCCGGAACCGCCUUAUUCUCCCAUAAGUAAUAGUUCUCGCGCCUCAUUCUCCCAAGCCUCGUGUACAGAUUCCUGGGAGGGAAUAUCGACCGCACCUUCGUCUCCACAGACGCCACGUUCUAAAUACGAAAUCGACGAGACUCUUGUCAAACUUGAAUCGAUACCGCCACGCCGAGGGGCCCUCAAGCAUAGUCGUGAUAGCUUGGAUGGAGGUACCAAAGAAACCAAACUUACCUCGAUCGAGCUACCAAGUCUUACUCAUCUACUCCCCCUAACUGGACAUGAGAAUAGUAAUGCCUUUUCUCACCCAACCGCCAGACCUCUGAACCGAACUUGUCCUAGCCCGGCGUCUAAGACUGAAUAUACGCACUCGAAGAGACCAUGGCAGUCACCACCCGAGGAUCCCAUCAUCCAGUGCCUCAAUCUUUGGAGAAAGGAAUCCGGUGAUGAUAAGUGUCUCCUUUCACAGCCGCGGAACCGAGAUGGAUUCUCACUUCUUAACAUCGAUCUGGAUUUUCGGGACUCGGCACCUGCUCCGUAUCGUGAGAAGCAGCAAUACACGCCACCACGCCACGACUACUGUCAACAGCCUCGCGAAGAAUCCCCGUCUGGGUCAAAAAAGAGAGAACUUCCGGAUGACGAGACCGAUGAAAAAGCCCCGCACAACAAUCUUAAGUAUUCAGUGGAGGAAACGGACUACAUCCGGUUUAAUAGGUACGAGAUGAAGCUCUCGUGGGAAGAAGGGAAGCUCCUCUUCCGAGAUAAAUUCCCGAUGGCCAAUGCCAGGAUGAACCGCCGCAAACAAGGCAUCCAGGGCGUCCAUUAUCGGGAUAACCUGCACCUUCCCCACCUCGUCGAUAGGGGGAGGACGCUGGUGUUUUUGCCUAACGGACACGUCAAGUCUACGGUGGUAAAGGUUCGUGAUCAAGGCGAAGACAAGCCGUACUUCAGCCUUACCUACCUAUAUCCUGAACGAGCACUGCUUUACGACUGGGUGCCGCCUAAGGUUAAGCAAGCCGCCGCCUAUAUCGUUAAAGAACGUAUCGCCCAGAAGGAAGCAAAGAAACGUGAGGCUAUUCAAACAGGCGAAUGGCAGGAGAAAGAUGACACUGGCACGUGCGCUUGCUGCCCGAAGCCGGACCGCCAUAGGGAUGACGACAACCAAUUCACCCCCAAGCCUUUAGCGGGACGUCGCCCUUCGCGGCCAGCACCUAGACGUAACCCCAGAAGACUAUUUGACUCGCAGAAUAUUACGCAACCUGAGAUAGGCGUAGCCUUACAUGCCCCCGAACAGCUUCACAACCAUCCCGGCGCCAAGCGACGAAAAGUUAAAUCGGAAAACAUCUAAGAUCACAUCCACAAACACACGAAGCGAAUGUGUGGCUCCAAGUAAACCGAAAUAUGACCCUUUUUAUCCUACGCACCUGAAAAGGUACCUAGGUAGUCAUAUUUGGACUUCCUCGCCUUCUUUUAAUACUAUUCACGAUAUCCUAGACGGUACAUACCUAUCUAUCGUUCCACACAGCAUAUUUCUCUUCGCUUUCUACCAAUUUCUGUGUACCUACUUAAUUAUAUAUCGAAAAAAAUACUCGACACUGGCGAGAUAUUAGCUUGAGCUCGCCUUACCAUAGAUUUGUCACCUACGAAUUUUUAUCCAUUCAUCUACGUAUCGAUUUCAUUCCUUUACAUAUUACUCAACGGGCGAUAACCGGGCCGUGGGCAGCAAGGAUAAGGGGACAAGAGAAUAAGGGACGGUGGCAUGAUGAAGGCUUAUUGGCGUAUAGGGGGAGGCUUGUUAGGGGAAACAUGGUAAAAUGUUAGGG